AUGGAGGUGAAGCACAUGACCAAAGAAGCUGCCCCUCACAGCCAGGGAGCUAAGGAAAAGGAAGAGAGGAACAGCUCACAGGCCCCCAACGUGACCCCGAGCUUCCCACCCUCUGACAGCAGCAAGCCCAGGAACGGCGCUUUGCAUCAGGAGCGCGCCUCCCACCCGAGCAAGGACAAAGAGAUGGGGACUCCUCUGCCCACCCUGCUUCCAGAGGGGCGGCUCCCGCCCACGUUGCUGCUGGCCACCCUGAGUGCAGCCUUUGGCUCUGCCUUUCAGUAUGGCUACAACACCGCCGUGGUCAACACGCCACACAAGGUCCUGAAGUCAUUUUACAACAACACCUACUUCGAGCGUCACGGGACCUUCCUGGAGGAGAGGGCUCUGCAGCUGCUGUGGUCCUGCUCCGUGUCCGUGUUCGCUCUGGGGGGGCUCCUGGGGUCGCUGAUCGCUGGGCUGCUGGUGGACAGGUGCGGCAGAAAGGGGACCCUGCUGAUAAACAACGUCUUUGCCAUUGUCCCCGCUAUCCUAAUGGGGGUCAGCAAAGUGGCCCGGGCAUUUGAACUGAUCAUCUUCUCCCGUGUGCUGGUGGGCGUGUGCGCAGGCAUCACGUACAGCGCCCUCCCCAUGUACCUGGGGGAGCUGGCCCCCAGGGACCUGCGGGGCGCGCUGGGCAUCAUGACCGAGGUGUUCGCCAUUACUGGGAUCUUCCUGGCACAGAUCUUCAGCCUCCAGGUCAUCUUGGGCAAUGCCACAGGCUGGCCGGUGCUCCUGGCCCUCACGGGGGUGCCCGCCCUGGUGCAGCUGCUGACCCUGCCCUUCUUCCCCGAGAGCCCCCGCUACACCUUGAUUCAGAAAGGGGACGAGGAGGCGGCUCGGAGAGCGCUGGGGCGGCUGCGCGGGCGGCGCGCGGACCUGGAGGCCGAGGUGGAGGACAUGCGCGCCGAGGCGCGGGCCGAGUGCGCGGGCGGCCGCCUCUCCGUGCUCCGCCUGCUCGCCUACCGCCCGCUGCGCUGGCAGCUCCUCUCCGUCGUGGUGCUCAUGGCCGGCCAGCAGCUGUCCGGGGUCAACGCGAUCAACUACUACGCGGACACCAUCUACACGGCAGCAGGCGUGGAGGCCACCCACUCCCAGUACGUGACCGUGGGUGCUGGCGCGGUGAACAUAGCGAUGACCCUGGUCUCGGCCGGCAUCGUGGAGCGCGUGGGGCGGCGGCUCCUCCUGCUGGUGGGCUACGGGAUCUGCGCCUGCGCCUGCCUGGUGCUGACCGCGUCCCUUCUCUUCCAGGACACGGUCCCGCAACUGGCUUACCUGGGCAUCAUCUGUGUGUUCACCUACAUCUCAGGACAUUCCAUCGGGCCCAGCCCCAUUCCCGCGGUGGUGAGGACGGAGAUCUUCCUGCAGUCCUCGCGGCGGGCUGCGUUCACGGUGGACGGGGCGGUGCACUGGUCCACCAACUUCCUCGUGGGCCUGCUGUUCCCAUCCAUGCAGGCGGCCAUCGGGGCCUACAGCUUCAUAGUCUUUGCCGGCCUGUGCCUGCUCACCGCCGUCUACGUCUACGUGGUCAUCCCCGAGACCAAGGGCAGAACGUUCGUGGAGAUCAACCACAGCUUUGCCAGAAGGAACGGAGUGGAGAUUCCAGAGCAGACGGGGGACCUCGCCGAGGGGACGCCGCUCUGA